UAUGAACGGGAACCGCCCACAGACUGCCUGAAUGAUUUCCGUAUGAUUAGAUUAGUUUUUUAUUGAAAAAAAUUAAGGACCGACAUCAAUCAGCUAUUUAAAUGAACCAUGUUUACUUUAAUUUAAAAUCGCAACCUUAAAAAUCUAAACGAAUAAACAACUGUCGGUUAAGGUGCCUCGCAGCAGUCUCGGCUCCUCCGCUGGUCCGGAAAACUCAGGAAAGUUCUGGAGCCGGUAAAGAAGUUUCACCGGAACCGGCGCGCUCAUUCAGAGUAGUUUUCACCGUGAUCGUGUUGGCGGUACGUGGCUGAGAGCUCGGUUAAGCGCAAAUGGCUGUUGUAACGUUUUCGUGGCCCUGCUGGAUUUUGAUGCUCGUUGUCGUCGCCACCGCGUCCACUGUCGCCGCUUCAGACCAGCAGAUCUUAGGACAUCCUGGGAUGAGUGUCAAUCUGACAUUUCAGGUUCCCACUGACACCAUAUCUGUAUGGCUAAAAAGACUUCCCAAUGAGAAAUAUAUCUCCUACUGCCAAGACUUAAUGCCACCACGUCCCAGUGACCAGGAGGAGUCAUUUAAGGGUCGGGUGGAGGGGAUGGACUGUAGCAAUAUCAGCGGCACCGUUUCUGUAACUUUGAACAACCUGACCAGAAGCGACAGUGGGACAUACGAGCUUCAAGGGGUGGACCAUGGUGGACGGCUCUUUAAUAAAACUGUCUUCCUGAAUGUUACUGACCCAGGUCAGACAGGAGGACACACAGAGGAUGGAGGGAAGGAGGCUCAAUCUGUUGGACUCACAGUGGGAGUUGGUAGUUUGUUGAUCUUUGUAGUCUUGGCUGGGAUAAUUUAUAAAUUCGUUACAUGCAAGGAGAAGAAUUCAUACGACCUUCCUCCUGAUCAAGACGUUUGUCUGAAGCAAACCUUUUUUUCCUGUAAGUUGGUGUAACAAAUUGAAAAGAGACGGAGAGGAGUGGUUUUAUUUUUUUCAUGAAUACAUGAACUGCACUCUGGGUUUGGCCUUCUCAACAUCAGACAAACCAGACUUUGCAGUGUUGUCCUGUCAUUAAGAUGAUGACCACACGGACACAUCUCCGAGUUCCUGUACCUUCAGCUUUAAGAGUAGAUAAAACACAUGAUCAACGGGUCGUGGAGAGAGCUUCACUUUCCUGGUACAAUUGUAAACUGUAUAAAUGAAGGACUUGGACAUGGUGACACCAACCUUUGGUUAGACUCCACAUUUGAAAGCCUCCAUGUGUGGGUGGAUAAGUUUAUCUCCAGCAUCCAGGUGGAUGUUUAAAAAAAAAAUCACCCCUGUAGAGUUUUUAUAAAGUAAGAAACUGUCCACAGAGAAUGAACUUGUUUUUAUAUCUUUGCAAAGGUGGACAUUUGAACAUGUAUGUAUUUACUUAUGGAGACACCUUAUCGUGAAAUCUGUUGUGCAGUAUUUAAGAUGCUAAAAACAUGCUAAUAUAUGAAAUUUGUUUCAUUGUUUUUUUUAAAUGAAAUAAUUUAUUUUACAUGUUGUCUAAUUGUGUUAAUGAUUGAAGUAAAAUUUUAAUUUUUUUUCUGAUGUAUUCGUCAGUUUUUUAAAAUGUCAGAGUCUGUGUGAUGCUAUAUAGCCAUAAGUGUGACCAUUUAAUGUGAACUCUGCUGGUUCGGUCUCCCACAGCAGACAGGCUUUAAUUUUGAGGAUGGAUGAAGGAGACACGGUAGAGGAGGAGAAGGAGGCAGGUUUUCUUUGAAUCCUCCUGUCACGUCAGACUUUCUAAUUUCCUAUAUCGUACGGUUGAUAUCAGAGCUCUAAUCUACACAAGUGUGGGUGUUUACAGACACUGAAGUCUGUUAGGUAAGAGUUCAUUAUUUUUGUAAUAAAAUAUACUCAUCUGAAUGAGGACAGAGGCAACAAUCACUGGAAUUAUCAGCUAAAAAUUGUUUCUCUGACUGUCUUUCAGGAUGUUACUGUUGUUCAUGAGGGUUUACCCCAUCCUGAACCCUGUACAAUCACAAUAUGUAUUUUUAUAUAUUUAUUUAAUUGUUCAAAUCUAAUCAGGGAACAAAGAAAAUAAUCAUUCUAACUGACACAUGAAAACUUUAUGACAUUCUUACUCAAAACGUCUAUUUUGCCUUUGUCCAAAAUCCAAAGUUAUUGCUGAUAACUUGAAAAUGUAACCUAGGUAGGUACUGAUUACAUGCAUAAACGUCUUUUUGAA